UAAGACGAAUUUUUUUUUUCUUGUACAGCCCUAUGCAUCCCGUACUUAGGUUCGACGUUCGCACGGUUUCAUCCUAGAAAUCUGAUCGUUUUUCUAUAAUUGUCCCUCACAAAUACCACCAAGUUGAGCUUUCCAGUUUCCACUGGUCCUCAUCUCUUUUCCUCUGCUUCUGGUCAUUCUGCUCUAGACGGGCCCGUGGUCCGCUAGCCCACCAUCUCCGGGGAAAUUACCUCUCCGGCGACCUCGCCGGAAUAUCCCGACAACGUUCAUCUGCCAACUGGAUCUUCGCGGCGCCGUCACCGCUCGGGGGGAGAGGGUAGAGUUCCCCUCCCUCCCUUCAUUUAUCUCUCUUUUUCCAGUAUCAUCGCCCGGGAGCAGCAGGGAGUCAGGAUAUUUGAUCUAAUCGGAGGCUGAGAGGUUGAGACGAUCCCCACCUUCGAACUUUCCAAGGUCCUACGGAAUCACCAAUCAUGUCCAUGUCGGAUUCUGAAUCGUCAUCCAGUGGGGACUACAAGAACCUUCGACAGAUCACAAGAGAACGGCUGUUAUAUGAAAUGCUUCGGUCAACUAGGGCAAAGGAUCCAAAAGCAAUAUGGAAGGGGUCAAUUUUGUCAUACCUACUAUACAUGUAUCAUAUCUCUGGAUCUCCUUUGCCCUGCUUACAAUGCAGUGUCAUAUAUGGGGACCAUUUUGCCUCACCUGCAUUUGUGCUCAUCAUGGAUAAGCUUACAACCAAAAUCAUGUCCUGUGCUUGUAAAAUGGCCGAUAUCACUGAGGAAGGGGUAUCAUUGGUGGAAGACAUUAACAAACGAAGGCAGCCAAUGUUGUCAAUGGAUGCUAUAUAUUUUGUACAACCUACCAAAGAAAAUGUAGCAAUAAUCCUGUCUGAUAUGUCAGGGAGAUCACCUUUGUAUAAAAGAGUAUUUGUUUUCUUUAGUUCCCCGGCAUCUAGAGAAUUGAUCCAUCUCAUAAAGAAUGAUGGAAGUGUAUUGCCGCGCAUGGGUGCAUUGAGUGAGAUGAACUUGGAAUACUUUGCUAUUGAUAGUCAGGGCUUCAUUACUGACCAUGAGAGGGCUUUAGAGGAUGUGUUUGGUGAUAAUGCAGAAAUUUUACAGACGCACAAUGCUUUUAUACAUACCAUGGCUGCACGUAUUGCAACAGUCUUUGCUUCAUUGAGGGAAUUUCCCUAUAUACGCUACCGUGCUGCCAAGUCAUCUUUAGAUGCUUCUACUUUGACAACCUUUCGUGAUUUAAUCCCAACAAAACUUGCUGCUGCUGUCUGGCACUGUCUUGCCAGGUAUAAGGCUAUUAUUCCUGACUUUCCACAAACAGAGACGUGUGAGUUUCUAAUCAUAGACCGUUCAAUUGAUCAGAUUGCACCGGUUAUUCAUGAAUGGACAUAUGAUGCCAUGUGCCAUGAUUUAUUAAAUAUGGAGGGAAAUAAAUAUGUUCAGAAGGUGCCAAGUAAAACAGGUUCAACCUCUGAAAAGGAGGUCCUUUUGGAGGAUCAUGAUCCCAUUUGGCUUGAGCUUCGGCAUUUACAUAUAGCAGAUGCUAGUGAAAGGUUACAUUCAAGGAUGACCAACUUCAUAUCAAGAAAUAAAGCUGCGCAAAUUCAUAACAAUUCAAGAGAUGGUGGUGAAUUAUCAACUAGAGAUUUGCAAAAACUGGUUCAAACAUUACCUCAAUACAGCGAACAACUCGACAAGCUUUCUCUGCAUAUUGAAAUAGCAGGGAAGAUUAAUGAACUAAUUAGAGAACUUGGACUUCGAGAAAUUGGGAAACUGGAACAGGAUCUAGUCUUUGGAGAUGCAGGGACAAAAGACUUGAUCAGUUUUUUGAAGGCAAAGCAGGAAGUUACUCCGGAAAAUAAGAUCCGUUUAUUGAUGAUAUAUGCGGCUAUCUUCCCUGAAAAGUUUGAUGGUGACAAAGGAGAAAAGUUGAUGCAAGUGAGUUAGCAGUUUUCUGGUGUUUAUUUAAAUACAUUU